AGAACCGCGUGAAAUAAAACCCGUCUAACCUGCUAUCCUUUUGUAUUCUUAGUAAACAAAAACUACUUGUGUUAACGUAAGGUAUUAUUCGUUGCAAACGUACAUUUGUUUGUCGCGUAGACGUGGAUAGAUUUGGUACCUGGAAUUUAAAUCAGAGCGAGUGGUCUGUAGCUUUUGCUCCCUCUCGGAUAUGAGGGAACAACCUUAGAUUCCCAUCAUCUCCCGUCGAUUUGACAUCUCUGAUGGCCGAACCGUUCAUUGGGUUCUGUCGGUGAACUCGGGGCUGAUGUUGGACGCCAUGAGAUAGCAUUAACACAAACCAUGAAGCCCACCGUGGAUGCUAGUGUCGGUCAGCAGCUCACAGGGUCACCGUUACUCUUAAUGUUUGACUCACAAACUCUGACUUCAACCUCUGAGAUACUCUGAUGCUCUGUUCUGAAGCCGUCGCUGUCCUGCUAGGUUGCUGAGAGAAGGAGAAAUCCACUCAGAUGAUCAUGGCUCCACACCAAGUGAUCCAGGCCAUCAUCGAUCUCUCUGCAGGAGCAAUUGGAGGGGCUGCCUGUGUCUUCAGCGGUCAGCCUCUGGACACAGCGAAGGUAAAGAUGCAGACCUUUCCCUCUCUGUACCGGGGUUCCAUCCACUGCAUCCUCUCCACCUACAAACAAGAUGGCGUGCGUGGGCUGUACCAGGGCACCAUCCCGGCGCUGAUGGCCAACAUCGCAGAGAACUCUGUUCUGUUCAUGAGCUACGGCUUCUGCCAGCAGGUCAUCCGCUUUGCAGCUGGACUGCACCACGACGCUGUGCUGAGCAACAUGCAGAAAGCCUGUGCUGGUUCUGUAGCUUCUAUCUUCUCCUCACUCGUCCUCUGCCCCACUGAGCUGGUGAAGUGUCGACUACAAGCCAUGUAUGAGAUGGAAAUGUCUGGAAAGAUUGCCAAAAGCAACAACUCGGUGUGGUCGGUGGUGAAGUCCAUUAUGAGGAACGAGGGUCCGCAGGGCUUCUUCCAGGGACUGACCACCACCAUAGCCAGAGAGGUUCCCGGGUACUUCUGCUUCUUUGGCGCCUAUGAAGUCUGCAGGACUGGAUUCGCAGACUACAUGGAAUGUGAAAAAGAUGAUAUAGGAGCGGUUCCGAUCGCACUCAGCGGCGGCAUCGGGGGCGCGUGCCUUUGGUUGGUGGUCUACCCCAUGGACUGUGUCAAAUCUCGGAUUCAGGUCAUGUCCAUGACGAGGAAGCAGGCGGGGUUUUUCAAAACCUUCAUGACCAUCGCUCGCUCCGAAGGAGUGAGGGCGCUGUACUCCGGCCUCACCCCCACCAUCGUGCGCUGCUUCCCCGCUAACGGAGCGCUGUUCCUGGGUUACGAGGUCAGCAGGAAGCUGAUGAUGAAGCAGUUCGACAACUGAGCUGCUCCGUCAAACUGCCACACUCCCUCAGUUGCACUGCCCUUAAACCGGCUGUGAUGCAGCAUUUACAUGUAUCCUUAUCUGGAUGGUCGGUGUUUUUAGAUUUUAUAACUUGGUUUCUGAAGUGUUUUACUGAACAUGUGACGGAGGAAAAGGCGUGCAGUGAAGUCCUGUAGCUGUGAACACUCCAGCUGGUCGUUUCUCUCCUAUCUCAACAACAUGGCGUCCGCACAACUUUCCGCCAGAAGACACACGAGUGUGAGGAAGGCUCCGUUAGACGGUGCGGUUUACUUUAAUGAAUUAACUCCUGUUUUCAAGCUAACAUUAAGGCGUUGUGAAAAAGGUGAUCAUAAAGUGUCAUAUUGAUUGAUAUAGGCUGCCUAACAUGUAGUCAGAUGAUUGUGUUUUUAUUUAAACAGAGUUCCUAGUCUGUGGAAACCUGGAAUUUGAUUUAAUUUUUUUCCAUGUCUCCAUACGAAAAAGAAUGAGUAAAGAUGAAUAUUUCUGUUUCGUAUGGUUUUUAAAACCUAUGCCUUGGUGAAAUGUUUUCUUUUCCUCAUCCAUGCCUCCUUCUGUCUCCCUCGUCUUUCUUUCUAACUUUUCUUUUACCUUUCUUGUUCUUUUUGUGUCUUUCCCUCUUUCUGAUAUUCCAUCCUUGUCACAAAUCCAUUUUCUUUUUUUCAAUUCUUUCAUUACUUUUUCUUAUUUCCUUCCUUCCACUCUAUUGUUCUUGGCUCCCAUAUCCGCCAAAUGUAGAGAUAUCUGCCAAAAGCCCCAAGUGAACAUUGAGACUUUUUUAUGUUUUGAGUUUAACAGUAAGCACAGAUUAACUGUUCAAAGUCAAGCUUGGAUUAUUUUUCUACAUGAAAAAAAAUGCAGGAACCUUGUUUAAAGAACCUUUUCCUUGUUUAAGGAACCUUAAUGUUUUAAUGCCAUUUAACCUCCUCAAGCCUUUUUCUGUACAUUUUGCAAACAGGAGAAAUCUUCCUUUCAUCUGUUUUCAUCUGUACUUUUUAAGUGUUUUUAAACCUCAUGAGAUUCCAUUAAAAACACCCAGAAAACAUUUACUUCCAAAUACUUUUUUCAUGCUGGUUUUGUUCUUUUAUUUGACUCCUGCUGUUCACUUCUCUCCUGUGUUGGUUUAUGUUAUAAAUAAGAAAUUAAUUAACAUAUAAGCUGCCUUGUUAUUUGCCCUUUGAGCCUAAUUCCAUGUUCUGUGUUUUUAUUUGCUGACUAACCUACAUUUUAAUGCAAACAUGGUUUGGUAUUAAAAUGCAUUAAAUAAUACAUGAAUAAAAAAAAACAGAUCUUGGGAGUUUUUAUGUAUUUUAUUUGUUUUUCUUUAAGGAAAUCACUUUAACAAUUAAACACUAUAAAACAGAGGUUACAGUUUUUUGAUAAAAAUAAAUGAUAAAAACAUAGCUGCAUUUUUUUUUUUAAGCCGCAUAAGGACGGACUAUCAUUUCUUUCACCAUAAGUGCAAUAACGUUUUUGGCAUAGAACAUAAACAUCACAAAGUUGUUUUUUCUUU